CUUCCGGUAGCAGCGGCUGCAGCCUCGCUCUGGUCCCUGCGGCUGGCGGCCGAGCCGUGUGUCUCCUCCUCCAUCGCCGCCAUAUUGUCUGUGUGAGCAGAGGGGAGAGCGGCCACCGCCGCUGCCGCUUCCACCACAGCUGUAUCAAGGCUUGUCAAGCAGUGUGCUCAUCACAUGGUAAAUCAUGCAGCCUGGAACCUCAUAAAAUCUCCAAGAAACAUCAUUCACCCAUACUGACUAGUUUCACAUCUCUUUGUUUGAAGAAAACAGGUCUGAAACAAGGUCUUACCCCCAGCUGCUUCUGAACACAGUGACUGCCAGAUCUCCAAACAUCAAGUCCAGCUUUGUCCGCCAACCUGUCUGACAUGUCGGGACCCGUGCCAAGCAGGGCCAGAGUUUACACAGAUGUUAAUACACACAGACCUCGAGAAUACUGGGAUUACGAGUCACAUGUGGUGGAAUGGGGAAAUCAAGAUGACUACCAGCUGGUUCGAAAAUUAGGCCGAGGUAAAUACAGUGAAGUAUUUGAAGCCAUCAACAUCACAAAUAAUGAAAAAGUUGUUGUUAAAAUUCUCAAGCCAGUAAAAAAGAAGAAAAUUAAGCGUGAAAUAAAGAUUUUGGAGAAUUUGAGAGGAGGUCCCAACAUCAUCACACUGGCAGACAUUGUAAAAGACCCUGUGUCACGAACCCCCGCCUUGGUUUUUGAACACGUAAACAACACAGACUUCAAGCAAUUGUACCAGACGCUAACAGACUAUGAUAUUCGAUUUUACAUGUAUGAGAUUCUGAAGGCCCUGGAUUAUUGUCACAGCAUGGGAAUUAUGCACAGAGAUGUCAAGCCCCAUAAUGUCAUGAUUGAUCAUGAGCACAGAAAGCUACGACUAAUAGACUGGGGUUUGGCUGAGUUUUAUCAUCCUGGCCAAGAAUAUAAUGUCCGAGUUGCUUCGCGAUACUUCAAAGGUCCUGAGCUACUUGUAGACUAUCAGAUGUAUGAUUAUAGUUUGGAUAUGUGGAGUUUGGGUUGUAUGCUGGCAAGUAUGAUCUUUCGGAAGGAGCCAUUUUUCCAUGGACAUGACAAUUAUGAUCAGUUGGUGAGGAUAGCCAAGGUUCUGGGGACAGAAGAUUUAUAUGACUAUAUUGACAAAUACAACAUUGAAUUAGAUCCACGUUUCAAUGAUAUCUUGGGCAGACACUCUCGAAAGCGAUGGGAACGCUUUGUCCACAGUGAAAAUCAGCACCUUGUCAGCCCUGAGGCCUUGGAUUUCCUGGACAAACUGCUGCGAUAUGACCACCAGUCACGGCUUACUGCAAGAGAGGCCAUGGAGCACCCCUAUUUCUACACUGUUGUGAAGGACCAGGCUCGAAUGGGUUCAUCUAGCAUGCCAGGGGGCAGUACGCCCGUCAGCAGCGCCAAUAUGAUGUCAGGGAUUUCUUCAGUGCCAACCCCUUCACCCCUUGGACCUCUGGCAGGCUCACCAGUGAUUGCUGCUGCCAACCCCCUUGGGAUGCCUGUUCCAGCUGCCGCUGGCGCUCAGCAGUAACGGCCCUAUCUGUCUCCUGAUGCCUGAGCAGAGGUGGGGAAGUCCACCCUCUCCUUGAUGCAGCUUGCGCCUGGCGGGGAGGGGUGAAACACUUCAGAAGCACCGUGUCUGAACCGUUGCUUGUGGAUUUAUAGUAGUUCAGUCAUAAAAAAAAAAAAUUAUAAUAGGCUGAUUUUCUUUUUUCUUUUUUUUUUUUAACUCGAACUUUUCAUAACUCAGGGGAUUCCCUGAAAAAUUACCUGCAGGUGGAAUAUUUCAUGGACAAAUUUUUUUUUCUCCCCUCCCAAAUUUAGUUCCUCAUCACAAAAGAACAAAGAUAAACCAGCCUCAAUCCCGGCUGCUGCAUUUAGGUGGAGAUUUCUUCCCAUUCCCACCAUUGUUCCUCCACCGUCCCACACUUUAGGGGGUUGGUAUCUCGUGCUCUUCUCCAGAGAUUACAAAAAUGUAGCUUCUCGGGGGAGGCAGGAAGAAAGGCAGCAAGGAAAGAAGGAAGGGAGGACCCAAUCUGUAGGAGCAGUGGACUGCUUGCUGGUCACUUCCAUCACUUUACUCCAUAAGCGCUUCAAUGGGGUUAUCCUGGUGGCUCUCGUGGAAGUGUGUCUUAGUUACAUCGAGAUGUUGAAAAUCUACCCAACAUGCAGACAGAUACUAAAAACUUCUGUUCAGUAAGAAUCAUGUCUCAUUGAUCUAACCUAAAUCCAACUCAUUUAUAAUUUUAGUUUUAGUUCAGUUUAAAAUGUUGAUACCUUCCCUCCCAGGCUCCUUACCUUGGUCUUUUCCCUGUUCAUCUCCCAACAUGCUGUGCUCCAUAGCUGGUAGGAGGGGGAAGGCAAAAUCUUUCUCAGUUUUCUUUGUCUUGGCCAUUUUGAAUUCAUUUAGUUACUGGGCAUAACUUACUGCUUUUUACAAAAGAAACAAACAUUGUCUGUACAGGUUUCAUGCUAGAGCUAAUGGGAGAUGUGGCCACACUGAGUUCCAUUUAAGCUUUCUACCUUCUUUUCCUCUGACCUUCCCCUUCCCUUACAUGCCAUCCAGUGAGAAGACCUGCUCCUCAGUCUUGUAAAUGUAUCUUGAGAGGUAGGAGCAGAGCCACUAUCUCCAUUGAAGCUGAAAUGGUAGACCUGUAAUUGUGGGAAAACUAUAAACUCUCUUGUUACAGCCCUGCCACCCCUUGCUGUGUGUAUAUACAUAAUACUUUGUCCUUCAUAUGUGAAAGAUCCAGUGUUGGAAUUAUUUGGUGUAAAUAAACGUUUGGUUUUAUUUAUCAA